GCUCCUUUCAUCCACACCAUCAAAUUCGUCCUUCCAGCAUCCCGCUUGCCCAUCCCAAAAUGCAUAUGGAACACUGCACACACCCAUGCGUUUGUCAUCGUCACCGCCAAUGUUGGCCCUGGGGCGCAACAACGGGUAGACAUCGAAAUUUUGGAUUCAACACUCCACCGCAACGUCUGCCUCUCACAAUGCGACAUUAAAGGCGAGACGAGACUUGCUGUCACAGCACAUGGCGAGGGGGAGGUUGGAGUGUGUUUCAAGAAUUACUAUCUCCCGGUAUCGCAGAAUAUGACGCGUGCUGUCGAUCUCGAUAUUUAUAUUGGG